UUUAUCGGAGCUGAGGUUCUUUGGGGUCGCUUGAGUGGGGGGAACCGUCAACUUUCGCUAGACGAGUUCUUUUACUGCUACAGACCCCAGCACAAAGUAUCCGCCAAGGGGACAUAUCACUUCGCACCUCGUGAAAAGAACUUAAGAUUGGUGUUUGAUAUGCCGGAUUCAAAUAGGAAUUGGAAAAAUAGAUUUUUCUUUGUUAAAGGGACGGACUGGGUGUGUCGCCCGGAUGAAUGGGAUAAGUUGCCCGGGGGUUAUUUUGAUAACACUUGGGCUUAUAUUAGGGAGUCAGGUUGCCCCCGUCUCUUUCUUUUUACCGUCGCUUUUCAUUUUCACCGUCUCUUUUUAACACUGUUUCCUUGUCUCAGCCAUCACUCGUCCGGAGGUGUCUGACGAACAGAGGGAUUUCAUCCGUCGGAUACUCACCAUCUCACUUGAGCAACGUAGGUGUAGGGACUUGAUAACCCUAGACACUCUACAUUUGUAUUGUGGUGGUCCUGAGCCGACGGUCGAAGCACGGAAGUUGGAAGAAUUUUCAAGAAAACAGAUGGAGGCUGCGAAGCAAAGGGUGAGGGCCGCUGCCGCCCGUAAGAAGGAAGAAGAUAAAGCUAAGGGGAAGGAUGGAGCGUCAACUCCUCAUUCCUCUUUGAAGGGCUCAAUCAAGAGGAAAUCUGACGGAAAGGAUGAUCCUCCUUCCAAGAAGGUGGCCGUCACUCCUACGGACGCGCCCUCCCAGAAGUCACCUCCCAAGCUUAGUCACGGUGCUGGGAAAGGAGUGAUGACUUCUUCUGGUCCUGUCGUUGAGGGGCCCCGUUGCUUGCUGACUCACAAAGAUCAUGCUGUCGAGAGUCUGGAGUCUCUUAUCAAACAGACGGAUCUGGAUCCUUGUGCUCAGCUUGGGACGGAUGACCUGGGGGCGUCAGCCUUCUUUGAUAUUGCACGGGCCUUGGUUCGUGUUAAAGCACUCCAAGAUCGUUGCAUGGCCAAAGAAGGCGUCGUCUCUCGGGUGAGGAGGCACAACUCCACCUUGAUGGAUCAGCAGGCGCAAUACAAGGAGGCCGUCCGUCUCUUAAACACAGACCUGAAGGAUGUGAAGGAGAAGCUAGGAGAAGCAGAGGGUGAGCAGAAGAGACUUGAGGAGGAGGUUUCGUCUCUGCGUGCGCAGGUGGUGACGGCUGGGGCUGACGCAGUUGAAAAGUUCAAGACAACUCAGUCCUUCAUCGACUCUUGUGCUGAUUACUAUGGCGCAGGUUUUGAUGACUGUCUGAAGCAAGUGUCGUUAGCUUAUCCGGAGCUGGAUCUGUCUGGAAUCACCAUGGACACUUCCGUUCCAAUGACUCCUGCCGCUGACAGAGAUGACGAACCCCUUAGCUUGGAUUCCUUGCUUAACGACGCUGGGGUUGUUCUGGCCCAGCCUGCUGUUGCUACCCCUGCUGGGCCUUCAGAUCAGAUUGUGAAGGAUAAAGCUGACGGGGUCUCCAAGGACGCUCCUGCCGCUUAAUCCUUCAUUAGUUGUAAUUCUUGAACAAUGUCUUUAAGUGCCCGUAUGUUUGUUGGGGCUUUUCGUUUGUAAUUCAAUCUAUCCCUUGUUGUCCGUUACUUUGCACAUAUACACUUGUCUUUUUAUUGUUUGACUAAUUUUAAUGUGAUCGUCUAUUAUUUUGUAUUUUAGCCUUUUUGGUUAGCUCGUCAUCUUUACAGGCUUGUUGGUUGGAGAAAUUUAUUUGUAAGUAGUCUCAUUUUUUGGUAAGACCGUCAGCAAGUUGACCGUCAACCAUAUAAAUUUUCAUCCAUUGGACCGUCAGUUUUGAGGGCCCGAUCCAUAUGAGAACUCUAUUCAUUGGACCGUUAGCUUUUAGCUUUAGCUUUUUCGGUCCGUUAUUUUGAUGGCGAUUAGCCUCGAUGCCUUUUGACAUCUCUGUUGGUCCGUAGUCUCAUUUUUUGGUAAGACCGUCAGUAAGUUGACCGUCAACCAUAUAAAUUUUCAUCCAUUGGACCGUCAGUUUUGAGGGCCCGAUCCAUAUGAGAACUCUAUUUUUUGGACCGUUAGCUUUUAGCUUUAGCUUUUUCGGUCCGUUAUUUUGAUGGCAAUUAGCCUCGAUGCCUUUUGACAUCUCCGUUGGUCCGUCGGUUUUGAAGGCUUGAUCCAUAUUUCUACUGGACCGUCAGCUUUUAGCUUUAGCCUUCUCGGACCAUUGUUUUUUCUGGCUUUUUUAGCCUUGAUGCCUUAACAUCUUUCAU